AGCUUUCUAAGAUGGCCGCUAAAAAUAAAAACAUGUUGAGACAACUUUAAUUUUUCAGAAAAACUGCAAAGAACUCUCUCAGUUUUUUAGACAGCAACCUUUAUUCUUUUAUCUGGUGAUCAGUAAUUUUACCUGCAGUUUUGGCAAAUAACACCCUUUUCAUUCAGGCUUGUCAAACAAGUCGACAUUUUUUUGUUUUCAUUUUCUGUUGUUUUGUUGUCAACAAGAAGACGGCUUUGCUUCACUCCUUCAGCAUACAGUCCUGAUUAUCAUUAAACAAGAAAGAUGAAAAUUUCCGGAUUAGUACCGGCCCGUUUUCUGACUUUAAUAGCUCAUCUAGUGAUUGUCAUUGUAAUUUUUUGGUCCAAGGGUGAAAAUAUACUGAUGUGUUUACCAGAAAAUUAUUCGUCAGAUGAAUAUUCUCUAAAAGAUAUGCAAUUAACUAUUGGCUUAUCUGUUACACUUGGUUUAUUUUUCCUUGAAUUACUAGGAUUUAUUGGUGGAAUCACCAUGUUUAUGCCAUUCCAGAGUCUACUAUCUACAUGUGCACACAGUAGUGCUGCUGUUGUUUUAUCCUAUUUCUUGUUUGAUGCUUGGCCAUGUGACUGGUAUUGGUAUGUGUUUGGAUUUUGCAGUGCUUUCCCAGCAGUUACAGAAUUGAUUACAAUCAUUGGUGUAUUAGGAUUUAAGAAAGGAUACUGAUCUCUCAUCUUUUAGCUAUGUCAUUACUCAAUAUUAUUCAUAAUAAAAAUGGCAAAUCAAAAUCAAGGUAUCCAGUUAAAUUAAGUUAAAGUGAUAGCUCUGAAAAUAAUGCUGUAGGUACAUGUAAUACUAGAAAGGGAUAUCUUUAUAUGGUAAUUGUCAUUCUAUCAAAAUCAAGCACAGUUAAUUCUAACAGUUAGUAAAUAUACAUUAAAAAUCUAUAAAUAUUACUAAAGUCAUAUCAAAUAUUUGGUAUGUAUAAUUUGGAAAAAAUCUGACAGUUUUAUUUUGAUCAUAAAUAUUAGUGUUAAUACUACAUGUCUUAAAGUUACAAUUUCAUAUUUUCUAAGAAAGUCAAAACAUGAUUAUUUCAAUGUCUUUUGCUCAAUAGGUUGUCAACUCACUAUUAUACGAUCAUAGGUUAUCUUUCUCACACUUAAAAAUCUUUACACCGGAAAUAAUAACACAAUUACCUCCCAAUUACCUCCCUUGUUUUCCUAUUCCCCACCAUGGAAUAGCUAUCUUCAAAUGUUUGAAUUUGAAGUUGAAAAUGAUAUUUUUGCCAAUUUCUCAUGUGGCAAUAGUGAAUUAUAGGAUUAUUCUUUAACAAGGUAGGACUGUUUAUAGAUACCAUCUAUUUUAGGGUUUUAUUUUAAUAAAUAAAAUAUAACUUAAAAAUAUGAAAUUGUAACUUUAAGUUUGUAAUAGCUAGAAAAAAAUGUGAAAAUGAUGUAAAGAUUUAUGCCCUUCUAUUUUAAUAUAUUUAAAUCGCUUUACAGUACGUUAAAUUUAGUGAAUUAUGGAGUUAAAGGAGCAAAAAUCCUUACGGUAUGAAUUGUAUGUAUAUAACGAUCAUUUCAUCAGGCAAUUAGGAACUUGGUUAUUAGCUCUGUAGAGAAAUGUUUUUUUUUAGUCCCCUUAAAAUUCUGUCAUUCCUUUUUAUGGAUAGGUUGAAAAGAGACAAUCAUUUUUUUAGUAAUUUUCUUUUAGCUAUUUUCUCAGAAUUAUUGUUAUCUUAGCUCUGAUUUUCACAAUUUAAAACUAACAGUUUGAAAGAAAAACAGAAAUGAGAAUCUUCAAAUAGUAUGAAAAUAAGGAGACUUUUCAAGCAGUACAAUAAAAAGGGGAUUUUGAUGAAAUAGAUAAUUAACAAGUAUAUAAUUAGUGCAAAUUUUUAGAAAGUGUAAGUAAAAUAAAGGAAAAAUGUUCAGGUAGUAUGAAUAUGAAAUCCAAAAUACUCCGUCCAAUGGCCUGUUCAUAUCAAAGAGUGAUGUAAAAAUUUAUAUAUACCUGUAAAUAUUUGUACAUCAACAUUUUUAUACAAAUUUUUAUGUACAUACUUUCUUAUUAAAUUAUUAUCAUUAUG